AAAAGAAAAGUUAUUUCAGGAAGUGAAAAUCAGAAGUAGCUGCUGACAUAAAAAGAAGUGUACUAAGGAUCAUUUCUUGAGGAAAAUUUUUUAAGAUGUGGUGAAGAGCCUGUAUUUUCCCCUGUGUGGUAUAUAGUGCCUUAAAAAAUGGGGUUUGGAGGUGACCUGAAGUAUUCUCAUGAUGCUUUAUUAAAACUGCAAGACUGGGAACUACGACUGCUGGAAACAGUGAAGAAAUUCAUGGUAAUGCGAGUAAAAAGUGAUAAGGAAUAUGCCUCCACUUUACAGAAUCUUUGUAAUCAAGUUGAUAAAGAGAGCACUUGUCAGUUGGAUUAUAUCAGCAACGUGUCCAAGUCUUGGUUGCUUGUGGUGCAGCAAACAGAACAGCUGAGCAAAAUAAUGAAGACACAUGCAGAGGAUCUUAAUUCUGGGCCUUUGCAUAGGCUUACAAUGAUGAUCAAAGAUAAGCAGCAAGUUAAGAAGAGUUACGUAGGUGUUCAUCAACAAAUUGAAGCAGAGAUGUACAAGGUCACAAAGACAGAACUAGAGAAACUAAAAUCUAGCUAUAGACAACUAAUAAAAGAAGUAAAUUCUGCCAAAGAAAAGUAUAAAGAAGCUGUGGCUAAAGGAAAGGAGACUGAGAAAGCCAAAGAUCGAUGUGAUAAAGCCACUAUGAAGCUUCAUAUGUUGCAUAAUCAGUAUGUCUUGGCACUGAAAGGAGCACAGUUACAUCAGCACCAGUAUUAUGAUACUACACUUCCUCUGUUACUUGAUUCACUACAGAAGAUGCAAGAAGAAAUGAUUAAAGCCCUAAAAGGAAUCUUGGAUGAGUAUAGCCAGAUCACCAGUCUUGUUACAGAAGAGAUUGUGAAUGUCCAUAAAGAGAUCCAGACCUCGGUUGAACAGAUAGACCCUAACUCUGAGUAUAAUGACUUCAUAGAUACUCACAGGUCAUCAGAAGUUGUUGAACAAGAAAUAGAGUUUGAUACGUCUUUACUAGAAGAAAAUGAAAAUCUUCAAGCUAAUGAGAUCAUGUGGAAUAAUCUAACAGCAGAAAGUUUACAAGUCAUGUUAAAAACAGUAAUAGAAGAACUAAUUCAGACACAGCAAACCCUUUCGAGCAAAGAGGAACUUGUGUUGGAACUGGAGAAAAAAAUAGAAGAGUCUUCUAAGACUUGUGAAAAGAAAUCUGA